AUGCCUCGUCCGAACCGCUAUCACCCCUACAACCGCUCGAACCAGCAAGUCAUGUCGCCUCGCUACCCUCCACCUCCUUCCCUCCGCCUGCCGCAGCCUAUGCCCGCCAUUGCUGAGCAGCCGCUCGCCAGACCAUACCAGUACAUAUACCCAGGCUACAUCAGGGGGCAUACUAGUGACGGAAAGACACUCGUCGCGCGCCAGGUGAUCCAAGCACCAGAUGGUAUGCUGCACGUACAGAUGCAAGUUGUGCGCUUCCCAAGCGAGGACGUCAAGCAGUACGCUUCUAUGCGGCAGUCGCAAUCACCUCCAGCUUCCGCUCCAGUCCAGAUGCCAACGUCGAUGCAGAUGCAGAUCGAUCCGGCGCUGGCGGGGCUGGGAAUCAAGCGGGAUGACAUGCCACGGAAGUGUAGUACGAGCGCAGGCUCCGUGUCGUCGCAGGAUGCCAGGUCACUGACCGGAAGGAGCGAUGAUUGUGCUGUUUCGAGCGAUGAGGAGGAGGAUGCUGAGGGAGAGGUCGUGCCGGUUGUUGAUGAUGGGCAGUGGAGGGCUGCCGUGGAGCAGAGGAGGAUUGUAGAGGAGUUGCUGAGGCAGAGGGAAGCGCUGGGCAUGUUACAGUGA